AUGUCUUCCUCCAUUUCACCACUCCCUCCCAACUACCGUCUUCAUGAUGGCUACCCCGCAGUGUCAGAUUAUCUCCACCUCCGCGCCGCUUCAGGUCUCACCCCCAAGACCAAGGCACAGGCAACUGCCGUGGCCCAGGGCAGCUGGUACGGCUGCUACGUGACAUUCGAAGACGAAUCAUCAGGAACAUCGACUCCCGUGGGGAUGGGCCGCAUUAUCGGCGAUGGGGGUUGGUAUUUCCAUAUCGCCGACAUGGCCGUCCUGCCUGAUCAUCAGCGGAAAGGAUUGGGAGAUAUCAUUCUCAAGACGCUUCUGGCGAAGAUUCGCAGUGAAGCACCAGAGGGGAAGCCGUAUGUGAAUCUGCUUGCUGAUCCACCCGGGAGAAAGCUGUAUGCGAAGAAUGGGUUUGUGGAAUCGGCACCGAAGGAGCUUGGGAUGAUGAUGGUGAUGGACAGGGGUGAACCGUCGAAGUGA